CAUACGACUUUCUGAAAGUCUCAUUAUUCCCUAUUACACACACACACACACACUAAACCGGGCCAUGUUUAUAAUUCCUGCGUAAACAAACUGUUGGAGUUUAAAAGAAAAACAAGCAAACAAACAAACAAAGAUCUCGUGCGACGUCUGGAUUAAAAACCGGCGCGUGACCCAGGAGCUCAACGCUGAAGAAUUCCACCACGCUUCCCAAUGGAUCGCAGGUGUGUGAGCGUCUGAUCCACGCUUGAUCUCAUGGCUCCUCUCUCGCCCUGACGUCUUGGUUUAGCCAGGAUCCAAAAUGAGCAUAAGCAGCGAUGAGGUCAACUUCCUGGUGUACAGAUACCUACAGGAGUCGGGAUUCUCUCACUCAGCCUUCACAUUUGGCAUAGAGAGCCACAUCAGCCAGUCGAACAUCAACGGUGCGCUCGUUCCCCCCGCAGCGCUCAUCUCCAUCAUACAGAAGGGCCUGCAGUACGUUGAAGCCGAAGUCAGCAUCAACGAGGAUGGCACGCUGUUCGACGGCCGCCCGAUCGAAUCUCUGUCCCUGAUCGACGCCGUGAUGCCUGACGUGGUGCAGACGCGUCAGCAGGUGUACCGCGAUAAGCUGGCGCAGCAGCAGCAGCAGCAGCAGCAGGCCGCUCCGGGCACGGCGGGCAUCGCCGGCGCCAAGAACGGAGAGAGCGCGGCGAACGGAGAGGAGAACGGAGCGCACGUCUUAUCUAACCACCACUCGGACAUGAUGGAGGUGGACCGGGCGGUGGAGAUCCCGGCCCAUAAGGCCAUGGUGCUGCGCGGACACGAGUCCGAGGUGUUCAUCUGCGCCUGGAACCCGGUCAGCGACCUGCUCGCUUCAGGGUCUGGGGACUCGACGGCGAGGAUCUGGAACCUGAGCGAGAGCAGCUCGGGAGGCUCCACCCAACUGGUGUUGCGCCAUUGCAUCCGAGAAGGAGGCCAGGACGUGCCGAGCAACAAAGACGUCACCUCACUGGACUGGAAUAGUGAAGGUACACUGCUAGCCACCGGCUCCUAUGACGGUUUUGCCAGAAUAUGGACUAAAGAUGGUAACCUUGCCAGUACUUUAGGCCAACACAAGGGACCCAUAUUUGCUCUCAAGUGGAACAAGAAAGGCAACUUUAUCCUCAGCGCUGGUGUCGAUAAGACCACAAUUAUUUGGGAUGCACACACGGGAGAGGCCAAGCAGCAGUUUCCAUUCCAUUCAGCUCCCGCUCUUGACGUGGACUGGCAGAGCAAUAACACAUUCGCCUCCUGCAGCACAGACAUGUGCAUCCAUGUGUGUAAACUGGGCCAGGACCGACCGAUCAAGACAUUCCAGGGUCACACGAACGAAGUGAACGCAAUUAAAUGGGAUCCAACCGGCAGCCUCCUGGCCUCCUGCUCUGACGAUAUGACGCUAAAGCUUUGGAGUAUGAAGCAGGACACCUGCGUUCACGACCUGCAAGCCCACAACAAAGAGAUUUACACCAUCAAAUGGAGUCCCACUGGACCUGGAACCAACAAUCCUAACGCCAAUCUCAUGCUGGCCAGCGCGUCGUUCGACUCGACAGUGCGACUGUGGGACGCCGAGCGUGGCAUCUGUGUACACACACUGACACGGCACCAGGAGCCCGUCUACAGCGUCGCGUUCAGCCCCGACGGCCGCCAUCUCGCCAGCGGCUCCUUCGACAAAUGCGUGCACAUCUGGAACACUCAGAGCGGCGCCCUAGUAAACAGCUACAGAGGGACAGGUGGGAUCUUCGAGGUGUGCUGGAACUCCACCGGAGACAAAGUAGGAGCGAGCGCAUCAGACGGAUCGGUUUGUGUGUUAGACCUGCGGAAAUGACUCUGCCAAGGGGAAGCCAUGCAUCGACAAAGAAUGUGCAUCUCGCCAAAUUCACAGACUCUCCACAUGAAACGUUCUAGCUUCCCACACGGGAUAGAUGACUAAUAAUUCGCCCACGCACCAAAAUACCAUUUUUAUAUUCACUUCCCUUUUCCCAUCAUUCCAAAAAUCGGGAUAGACAGAUUUACAUCCUCGGUGAUGUGAGCACCAGAAAGCGUCCUGUCGAACUCACGCUGAACACGAAGCAGUUAGAAAUUUAUUUGUUCGUCUUUUUUGAGACACUUGACAUCCUUAUAACUUGAUCUAUCUGAAGAAGGCCAUUAAGCCACCAAUACUGAUGUAGUUUAUUGAACGGCUAAUUGUUUAUACGAGCUAUGCAACGUUAUGGCUAGACAAAAAUCACGUGGAUUGACCUUUAUGACUCGGUUCUACGAUAUUUUCCACAAAAGUUAUCGAUGGAUAGAAAACGGAAAACAACCUGCGACCGAAAUUACAGGCAAACAAACCAAAAAAAGCAGAACGUCGGUUACUAAGAAAACGUUUAUGACACUGUUAAUGAAAUUAAAGCUAACGUCCAAUACGAUGUUUGUCUUUGAAUCCUUGGCUAGCUGUAACGGGAAAGACAGUUCGGAUUUCGUGGCUGCUUCCGAAAAACUUCCGAAAGUCCACAGCUUCAUCAAUGAAAAUGAGAUCUUGAUUAGCGGUCAUGUAUGAAUUUUGCGUAAAUGAUCUAAAUCAGAGUCUAAAUUCGGUUCAUACACUGAAAGUCGGAGGCUUUUUUUUUUUUUUU